UCCCCGCCUUCCCCGCCCUCCGCCGCCUCCCGCGGCCCCCGCGCCCGCUCCGCGCCCUCUCCCCGCCCGCCCGCCCGCCCGCCAUGAGCCCGGCCGACGCCAAGCGUGGGGCCAAGCGCCGGAAGAACAAGCGGGGCGGCGGCGGCGGCUCGGGCGGGGGUAACGGCGGCGCGAGCGGUGGCAAGGCCGGCCCGGUGGAGGCGCUGCGCGGCUCCCAGGCCGCGGGCCUGGCGGCCCCGGGCGGCGCGACGGCGGCCAACGGGUCCCUCGGCGCGGGUGCGGGCGCCGCCGCCCCCGGAGGCUACUUCGAGACUCCUUUUAGUUUUGGCAUGAAUCAUAGGACACCACCCUACCCCGCUGGGGAUUAUUGUCUUCUGUGCAGAAGUGAACGGAAAGACACUUCAUUCUUAGAGAGUGGAAUUAAGACUGCAAGCAAAUUGGCCCUUUCCAUGGCUCCCAAAGGCAACAGUGUGCUGCACCUGCCGCUGUGGGUGUGCCCGGACUGCCGGAGGACCAUGGAGAAGGAGGAGAGGCAUGGCGGCCUUGACCAGCCAGUGGGCCAAGAUUUUCUUCUUCACUCCCCACUUGGUGGCUCCCAGCCUGAGGCUGGUGGGGGCGGGAGGCUGGCUCUGGGUGCACAGACGCUGCCCUCGGCGGGGCUGGGCACCACACCUUCAGAUGCAGCGUGCUCGUGCGAGGCCUGCAGUGAGCGCAGAGAAAUUUCGGCAGAGACUGACCGGGAACCUCAGCAGCUGCAGAACUACUGGUCGGAAGUGCGCUACAUGGUCCGCUGCAUAUACCGCCAGGCGGGAACCCCGCUAGCAGACGACCAGGACCAGUCUCUGGUACCUGACAAGGAGGGAGUGAAGGAGCUCGUGGAUAGGCUCUGUGAGAGGGAUCCCUACCAGCUUUACCAGCGGCUGGAGCAGCAAGCCCGAGAGUACGUGCUGGAGAUGAAGGUCCGCCUGCUUCGGCAGCUGUCAGCCGCGGCAAAGGUGAAGGCACCGUCCGGCCUACAGGGCCCUCCCCAGGCACACCAGUUUAUCUCCCUCCUCCUCGAAGAGUAUGGUGCCCUCUGCCAGGCCGCGCGUUCCAUCAGCACCUUCCUCGGUACUCUGGAAAAUGAACACUUGAAAAAGUUCCAGGUGACAUGGGAACUGCACAAUAAACACCUGUUUGAAAACCUGGUCUUUUCGGAGCCACUUCUCCAGAGCAACUUGCCAGCACUGGUGUCACAGAUCAGGCUGGGAACCACCACACAUGACACCUGUAAUGAGGACAUGUACAGUACCUUGUUACAGAGGUACCAGCGCUCUGAGGAAGAGCUGCGCAGGGUCGCCAAGGAGUGGCUGGAGUGCCAGAAGAGGAUUGACGCCUACGUGGACGAGCAGAUGACAAUGAAAACCAAACAGCGCAUGUUAACAGAGGACUGGGAGCUUUUUAAACAAAGGCGAUUCAUUGAAGAACAGUUAACUAAUAAGAAAGCAGUUACUGGUGAGAACAAUUUCACAGACACCAUGAGGCACGUGUUGUCGUCGCGACUGAGCAUGCCUGACUGCCCAAACUGCAACUACAGACGGAGAUGUGCUUGCGAUGACUGCAGCCUCUCACACAUCCUCACUUGUGGUGUCAUGGACCCCCCCGUCACUGACGACAUCCACAUUCACCAGCUACCACUCCAGGUGGAUUCCGCUCCUGACUAUCUCUCUGAGAUGCGCCCACCUAGCGUGUCAUCAGCAAGCUCAGGGUCAGGUUCCAGCUCUCCCAUUACAAUUCAGCAACAUCCCAGACUCAUCCUCACAGACAAUGGCUCUGCACCAACUUUUUGCAGCGAUGACGAAGACGUGGCACCGCUGUCAGCUAAGUUUGCUGAUAUUUAUCCACUGAGUAGCUACGAUGAUACCGAGGCGGUAGCCAACAUGAAUGGAGUCCACAGCGAACUGCAUGGUGCGGGGGAGAACAUGGCCCUGAAGGACGAGUCCCCUCAGGAAAGCAGUACCAAUAGUAGUUCUUCAGAAGCUGAUGAUGAAGAAGCUGAUGGAGAGAGCAUUGGGGAGCCGCCGGGAGCCCCGCAGGAAGAUGGAGCUCUAGGAAACAGGAGCCCCAGGAAAGAAGAAAGUAAAGUGGACAGUCCACCUCCAUCGUAUCCAGCUCAGCAGGCUGAACAAGCUCCAAACACUUGUGAAUGUCAUGUUUGUAAACAAGAAGCUUCUGGACUGACAGCUUCAGCAAUGACAGCUGCAGCCCUUCCUCCUGGCCAUCAGUUCAUGAAUCCAGAGAAGCCCACCCACCCCGCGCUGCACCUCUACCCCCACAUCCAUGGACAUGUGCCUUUGCACACUGUCCCGCACCUGCCUCGCCCUCUCAUCCACCCCACCUUGUACACAGCGCCCCCCUUUACACACAGUAAGGCUUUACCGCCAGCACCUGUUCAGAAUCACACAAAUAAGCAUCAGGUAUUCAAUGCAUCUCUUCAAGACCAUAUUUAUCCGAGCUGUUUUGGGAAUACUCCAGAGUGGAAUAGUUCUAAAUUUAUAAGUCUUUGGGGAUCAGAAGUGAUGAAUGAUAAGAACUGGAAUCCUGGCACUUUCUUGCCAGAUACAAUUUCUGGGAGUGAUAUAUUAGGGCCAGCACUCUCAGAAACAAGACCUGAAGCCCUCCCUCCUCCAUGUAGCAGUGAAACACCUGCAGUUUCGGAUAGUAAAGAGAAAAAAAACGCUGCAAAAAAGAAAUGUUUGUAUAAUUUCCAAGAUGCUUUUAUGGAAGCAAACAAAGUUGUCAUGGCUACUUCCUCAGCCACAUCCUCUGUGUCGUGCACAGCAACUACAGUGCAGUCGAGCAACAGCCAGUUCAAAGUGUCAUCCAAGAGAGCACCCUCAAUAGGUGAUGUCUUUCAUGGCAUCAGCCAGGAGGACCACAGACACUCGGCACCCGCUGCUCCAAGGAACAGCCCCACAGGCGUGGCCCCGCUCCCGGCCCUCUCUCCUGCCGUGCUCUCGCCGGCCUCCACGCCUCACCUUGCAAAUCUUGCAGCCCCCUCAUUCCCCAAAACCGCAACCACAGCUCCUGGGUUUGUGGACACGCGCAAGAGCUUCUGUCCUGCCCCUGGGGCACCCCCACCUCCCACCACAGACGGCUCCAUUAGCGCCCCUCCGAGCGUGUGCAGUGACCCUGACUGUGAAGGGCACCGCUGCGAGAACGGUGUUUAUGACCCCCAGCAGGACGAGGGGGAUGAGAGUGCAGACGAGGACAGCUGCUCCGAGCACAGCUCCAGCACCUCAACUUCCACCAACCAGAAGGAGGGCAAGUACUGUGAUUGCUGCUACUGCGAGUUCUUUGGGCACGGCGGGCCUCCAGCCGCACCAACAAGUAGAAAUUAUGCAGAAAUGAGGGAAAAGCUUCGUUUACGGCUGACCAAGAGGAAAGAAGAGCAACCUAAAAAAAUGGAUCAGAUCUCGGAAAGGGAAAGUGUUGUUGACCAUCGAAGGGUCGAGGAUUUGUUACAGUUUAUAAACAGCUCAGAGACCAAACCAGUAAGCAGCACUCGGGCAGCCAAGCGAGCAAGGCACAAGCAGAGGAAGCUAGAGGAGAAGGCUCGCCUGGAAGCCGAGGCCAGGGCCCGGGAGCACCCGCACCUUCAGGAGGGGCAGAGGCGGCGGCAGGAGGAGGAAGAUGAGGAGGAGGAAGAGCACUUCAAGGAGGAGUUUCAGCGGCUUCAGGAGCUUCAAAAACUAAGAGCUGUGAAAAAGAAGAAGAAGGAGAGGCCAAAUAAAGACUGUCCCAAGCUGGACAUGCUUGCUAGAAAUUUCCAGGUACCAACAGAGUCUGUCCCUAACUCUGAAAACAUCCACAAUGGCUCACUAGAGCUAACUGAAGGACCAGAAACCUCAUCUCGCUCCCCUUCCAGACACAUGGACCACACAGAGCCCAGGCUGGGGCCAGGAGCUGAUGGGGAUGCUGCAGACCCCAUCGACCCCAGAGACUCCAAACUUGCCCUCCAUGGGGAGGCCAGCGGGAAGCAGCACGAGCCGCUUGUCUUCUUCUUGGACAUGAUGCAUCGCCAUAAAGAGGGCAGUGGCAAACAGAAGCUGAAGCAGAUUAGCAAGGCCAGCAGCGAGCCAGCCAGGAGGCCUGAGGAGACCCUCAGAGCCACCGAGGGGCAGCCCAGACCCCGGGCCCAGACCGAGCCAAAGGCUAAAGUGGUUGAUCUCCCGUCCCUCGCUGAGCAGAAAAGAGAGGAGAGAAAGGUCAACAGCAACAACAACAACAAAAAGCAGCUGAACCACAUCAAGGAAGAAAAGUCCACCCCCGUCCCUGCUGAGCCCACCUCCCCUGGAGAGCACCAGCAGAACCACAAGCUGGUGCCGGCGGACUCUCCACAGCCCAAAGGCAAGAACAAGAAGAACAAGAAAAAGAAAGGAGACAGAGUCAGCAGUUCAAUUGAUGAUGUCUUUUUGCCUAAAGAUAUUGACCUCGACAGCGUGGAUAUGGAUGAGACAGAGAGGGAAGUGGAAUAUUUCAAAAGGUUCUGCUUGGAUUCCGCUAGACAGACGCGACAAAGACUGUCCAUCAACUGGUCUAAUUUUAGCUUGAAAAAAGCCACCUUUGCCGCCCACUGAAUGAGCACGCCUGCAGAGGGACGCGCAGGAGGCGGGCCAGGCUGCGCCCUCGCCAGCCCCCAGAGCUGCAGCCCUUGCCUGGGGCUGCAUGGGCAGGACACCGCAGCCUGACACCCCUGACUGGGAGCCUGCUGCCCGGCCUGCCUUGUUCGCUCGUGUGCGUGCCGUCUGUGAGUGAGACUUCGUCGACUGUAGCUCUGUGCCGUCGGAUUGGAACCCUAGUUCCCACCAGUUCCUCCUACCACCGCGGCCUCGGAGGCCUGGACCGUGGCCAGAGAUGAGUUUGCAUCAUCCACGUGGCUCUGUCGCCUCUGCAUCUCGCCCUGUCCUGUCAUCUGUCCAGCCAGGGUGUCAGCCGUCACUCAGCUCUCUCUCGUGUGCCCCUGUGCCCUGCCCGAGGCGGGCUGGGCGGGGCAGGCCUCCCGCGUUCUCCUCCACGAUCUACUGUUUCGGAGUGUACACGUCGCGCUGUUUGUGUUUGAUCCCCCGACUUGUAGCCAGCUUGUGUAAGAUCCCUUGCAGAAUGAGAAAGUUUAAAAACAAGAAACCCACCCAGUACUCACACCAUCAAGUCUGUUAUAGAGUGUACAACUGUAUUAACACGGAGGCCUGCCUGGCUACUUUUUUAACAUAUUGUUAAGUAAUAUUAAAAUCAUGUCUUUCUUUUUGAAAGAUGGAAUACAUUAGU